GUUCUAGUCUAAUUCAGUACAGUGAUGGUUCAUUUAAUAAUUUCAGCGCUGUUGAUCUGUGGCAUGGGUUUGCUUACAGUUGUCAAAUCAUCUCAGACAGCUAAUAUAUCAGCUCGACCAGGAGAUAAUGUUACUAUUUGGUGUCAACACACAGCAAAACCUGCAGAGUACAUACAUUGGUUCAAGCAAACAAACAGUGCUGUACCUCUUAUCAUUGUAUAUGUGAUGAUAACCCACCAGCUUAAGAAACUACAGAUAAAAUAUUUAAGUGGUUUUCAAUCAGACCGUCUGGUGAUGUCUCUAAACACCAAAAACACCUCCCUAAGGAUUUUAAAUGUGGAUAUAUCUGAUUCUGGUCUGUACUACUGUGGUUGGGACUCUUGGGGGAUCACAUUUGGUGAUGGAACACACCUAGACAUUAAAGAUCACUUAAUUUAUUGUGCAGAGAGUGAAUGUGUUACAUCACUGCAAAAUGAAACAGAAAUUUCAAAUAAAGAUCUCACAGAGAGCCCGAUUUCUACACAAGACUGUUCUGAAAAUAUCUUUUAUAAACUGACUUUUAUUUUUGGUGUUAUUAUUGUUAUUCUCAUCAUCAUUCUGGUCUUGAUAGUCAUCAUUAAGAUACAGAGCAGAAAAACACAGGGGAAAGACGCUGAUCGCCAUGUAACACAACAUCAUGAGGUAAACUUAAAAAUUGUAUUGGCAAAAAUUCUUGAACAGAAUACAGAAAUUAAAGAGGUCGACUGGUGUACAAAAAAAUUUAAAUAUGUAAAUCUCUGCUAUUUAAAGAAGUUAUAAUGACAGUAAUUAUAAACUAUAAAAUAACUUUACUAAUAUCAGUGUUACGCAAUAUUCCUUUUAUGUCUAACAUUCAUCAGGUGAAAUAUGGUAUGUUUCUUGAGAUUCUUUGGCAUACAGCCUGUGCGCCUACUUCUGAUUUCUGUUUAACCAUGGUUAGAGUAAAACAGAAAAGAGAAGUAGGCCCGCAGCUGAUAUUCUGCUCAAGAGUUGGAUUGUCACGGAAAGAUUUCAACCAUUCAGUCUGCAUCUUUUUUAGAUAAUCCAACUCUUAAGUAUCACUCUGUCUUAGUGAAACUAAAUAUGGUUAACUCUUAAAAGUAAAAAUAAAUAAAAUGAAACAUUUUAUUUUGCAUUCUUUAUGUGUGGGGUACAAACCAGCAACAAUAACAGCUAGAGAGAAAAAAUCUCACAUUCCCUGACUAUUUCCCAACUGUCCCCAACAUCGGAAUCUGAAAUGAAUUAUAAAUCCUAACACCAGAGAAUGUAGUCUGAUGCUAAGUCUGUUUUUAUAUAAAACCCUUGUUUCUUCAUUGUUUUGCUUAUCUGAUUUCUUCUGUAGGGUACAAUUUUGAAUUAUUACUUAACAGCUCUGUCGUUAAAAGUGCCUUUGGAUUUUUUUGCAGGAGCCUCAUUCAACGUUGUAUGCUGCUCUACAGUUCUCCAAACAGAAAACCAGAAGAGCAGCUAGACAUGCCGAGUAUACAGAUGUUGUGUAUUCUGCUACUAGAUAGUCCAACAAUGACGGUCAAAUACUGUAGCAUACCGUUAUGUUUACAAGCUAUAUUUUCAUCAAGACGCUAAUAUUUAUGUUAUUGCUUAUGCCAUAAAUUUAAAGUGUAUGUGGGCUUUGCAAUGUGUAGUAUUUUUGAUGCUAUUAAAAUUGUGAAAUAAUAUUCUAAUAAGAACUUUAAUUAUAUCUGUUUUUAUAUGUAUCAUGAAGAUAUAACUAGGCCCUUACAGAAGAGGCAGGGGUUGUGAACGAUAUCAUUUCCUAUACAGACCCUGACAGGAAGAAGCUGCUUAGUGUAGAAUGAGACGUGCUGAGGGGAACUUCAGCGGACCAGAUUACAAAGCUGAAAAUAUACACUUCAAAACAUAAAUUGUUAUAGUUAUAUCUUUCACAACAAUUUAAUACUUUGUGAGCAGCAGCAGUUUAUUGAUGAACAUUUUUAUAUUGCUCAUGACAAUUAGCAGAACAUGCUUUUA